AUGUCAGGGAUUGACGUUUUGGGUUUGAAGGAUCCAAACCCGAACAUCCAACUCAGAGCGGCUUAUGCGCACCCCUAUGCAUCGUCGAUCUCUUCCUCCGCCUCGUCCUCGUCCUCGUCCUCCUCGGUCUUCUCCCUGGAUGGCGUGUCGGCCCAGAGCUCGAUCUCUUCAAGCUCGUCCACCUCAGUGGAUGUGAUCUGGGAGAACGACGGCGAAUACCAGGCCGGAGGAAGAGGCUUCGCCGGUGCCCAUGGAGCGCGUGGCUGCUUACGGGGAGGUGUCCCCAAAGUGACCGAGCCUGCCGUCCCGCCGGAGUUACGUAAGCACCCCCGGCGGACCGACAGCUCGAUCCAGUCCAAUGGCGUUUCGUGCGCGCGGCCUCCGCCCUGCCUCUUGAGGCAGUCCGAGCGGAAGGUCAACUUCGUCGACAACCUCGUCGAUACCGCGUCGCAAAUCGUCGAGGUCAUCUGGCCCUUGUCGGCCGUCUCGCUCCGGAGUGAUUCGGUGACUGGAUGCAAAGGCGUCCUGCCUCUGCGGACCUUCAUCCAGGAGACCCUCCGGCGUUCGCGCACAAGCUACAGCACACUGCAGGUGGCGCUGUACUACUUGAUCAAGAUCAAGCCCCAUGUGCCGAGCCAUGACCUGACACAGGACCAGCCGCGAGGCAAGCCCGUUUGCCGGGCCAUGCAGUGCGGUCGACGCAUGUUUCUUGCGGCUCUGAUUCUCGCCUCCAAGUAUCUCCAGGACCGCAACUAUUCUGCUCGCGCCUGGAGCAAGAUCUCUGGUCUUAACACGAUCGAAAUCAACCAGAACGAGCUGAUGUUCCUGGAAGCAGUCAGCUGGCGACUUCAUAUCCCCGAGGCUCUCUUCCAACGCUGGACGGAUAUUGUACUGAAGUACACUCCUGGGGCCAGUGGCAUGGCUACCGGGGACGGACAGUGCUGGCGCACCAUCAUCCCCAAGCUCACCCCCGACUUGGAGGAUUUUGACGCCGCCCCCGCGACACCCGCGAGCAUGGACUCUUUUGGCUCCCGCUCGGUGUCGGACUCGCCGUCCCCUCGUGGCACGUCGUUCAGAAGGGAUCUUCCCGGACUGCCAACGAACGAGCCCAUCAGCCUGCCAUCCAUCCGGGAGCAGACAUCGACAUAUAGCCACUCAGUGGCUUUGGAAUCGGCGCCUCGCAGAGAACACUCCCUUCCAUCCAUUUCAUCGUUGCCAUCGAUGCCCCGACCGGCCAUGUUGCCGACCCCUCAGAUGACUCCCCAGCCCAGUAUUGCCUCCACUCCUGCAGUGAGUGCUGGCGGUAUCGCUGCGCACAGGCGGUAUCUGCAGACUGCCAUGUCUCAGGCACAGAACAUGUGUACGGCGCGGUCGAUUUACGACCAGCGCCCAUCGCUGUCUCUUUGCUCCAAGGCAGGCUCGUUUGACGGAUACCCCAGUCUGGUGCGCAGGUCAUCUUUGGCUCGCUCGGCCUCUUCGGCAUCUUCUCCGGAUUCGAUGAUCUCGGAUGUGUCGACCAUGUCUUCCCAGUCGUCGCGGUCGUCCUCUAUGUCUUCGAACGCUUCGGGCCCUUCUGCUAUGGGUGCUCUGCCGCGCUUGGCUGUCCAGGCGACCCUCAGAUGCACCGGCAAUUCUCUCAAGGAGUGCCGCAGGAACUUGGCCAUCGCUUCGCCCAUCGAUGAAGGCGCGCUGGGAGAGAUCUACAGCUCGCCCGAGUCAUACAGCGGCUCACUUGGCCAAGCUCCCGACUUCUCCGGAUACACACUGGCUGCCCCCGUGGAUAUGUCGUCGACACACGAAGCGGCGCGGAGUCUGUGUGAGCUGUCCGGUGCUGUUCCGCGCCCUCAGCAGGUUGCAGAGCAGCAAGGCACCGCUCAGCGCCAGUGCCGCAAGCGUGGUCGCACUGGGUCUGAGGAUCUCUUGUUGCAGGGCCAUGUGCGUCACCUCAUCAAAUCGAACACGAUUGCCGAAGGCACCGUGCUCCCUGAUGGCAACUUGGCGGACUUGUUCCUCAACUCCGAGGCCAGACGUUCCCAGACCCUCACGGUGGCUCAGCUGAAUGCACUGAACUACAGCGCGCCUCUCUCCGGACCCGCUGGCAUGAAGCGUGCUUGUUGCGGCAGUGAAGCUCGAAAGAUUGCGCUGAACCCAAGCAUGCGUUCAGACCACCUGGGCUAGGCGAUCUCGUCCUACUGACGCUUGUCCCCUGAUCCUACAAGCCCAUGUGGAUAUUCACACUCAUUAUCUUUCCUUUUUUUGUGAGGAAAAGUUAUUACUUUCAAUAUUCCCUUAAUUCUAUUCU